ACGCCCACUUCCUGCCCCAUCCCGCUCCUUUCCAGGUCCCUCUCCCGGUGAACCGGAUGCUCUGUCAGUCUCCUCCUCCACGUCCUCGGCCGCCACCCGGGUCCCUCGCGAGGCGGCUGCCACCCCGAGGGCCUAGUCCGGAGGCUCCCAGCGACUGGCCUGGCAAGCGUGAGGCGCGGUAGGAGCUGGGCGCGCACGGCUACCGCGCGUGGAGGAGACACUGCCCUGCGGCGAUGGGUGCCAGGGGCGCUCCUUCACGCCGGAGACAGGCGGGGCGGCGGCUGCGGUACCUGCCCACGGGCAGUUUUCCCUUUCUGCUCCUGCUCCUGCUCCUCUGCAUCCAGCUCGGGGGAGGACAGAAGAAGAAGGAGAACCUUUUAGCUGAAAAAGUAGAACAGCUGAUGGAAUGGAGCUCCAGGCGCUCAAUCUUCCGAAUGAACGGUGAUAAAUUCCGAAAAUUUAUAAAGGCUCCGCCUCGGAACUAUUCAAUGAUUGUCAUGUUCACAGCUCUUCAACCUCAGCGGCAGUGUUCGGUGUGCAGGCAAGCUAAUGAAGAAUACCAAAUACUGGCUAACUCCUGGCGCUACUCAUCUGCUUUCUGUAACAAACUCUUCUUCAGUAUGGUGGAUUAUGAUGAAGGGACAGAUGUUUUUCAGCAGCUCAACAUGAACUCUGCUCCUACUUUCAUGCAUUUUCCUCCAAAAGGCAGACCCAAGAGAGCUGACACUUUUGACCUUCAAAGAAUUGGAUUUGCAGCAGAACAACUUGCAAAAUGGAUUGCAGACCGAACAGAUGUUCAUAUUCGGGUUUUCAGACCACCUAACUACUCUGGUACCAUUGCCUUGGCCCUGUUAGUGUCGCUUGUUGGUGGUUUGCUUUAUUUGAGAAGGAACAACUUGGAGUUCAUCUAUAACAAGACUGGAUGGGCCAUGGUAUCUCUGUGUAUAGUUUUUGCUAUGACUUCUGGCCAGAUGUGGAAUCAUAUACGUGGACCUCCAUAUGCUCAUAAGAACCCUCACAAUGGUCAAGUGGUAAGUCUGCAUUUUCUCAGCAUCGAUAUUUUGAACUUUAGUCAUGAUUAAUACACAGAUCAAAAUU